AUGGGUGGCAGGAAUCCCGGUGGUCAUGGUGGCGUGGCUGAAAGGCAGGUAUCCCAAUGUGGUGUGGGUCCAUUGGCUGGAGGCCAGCGUGGCUGCGGGGUGGGUAUCCUGGUGGUGCAUGGAUCCAGCAUGGCCCAGGAUUUGGGGAUCCCACUGUGCAUGGGUCUGGUGCAAAGCUGUGGCUUGGUGCAGCCCAAGGGGCAGAGAGCCCAGCAGAAUGGAGCAGCAGCUCUGCAGACCUAUAGGGCGGGGAUUUGGCAGAUAGUCUACAUGGGCUGGUGUGAAGUGCGGGAGCAGGACCCCCUCCAAGACCGAGUGUACUCUCCAACAUUUCUUGCCUUAAGGGGCUCAUGUCUUUACAAGUUUCCAGCACCUCCAGUGACUACCUGGGACUGGACCCGAGCGGAGAAAACAUUCUCGGUUUAUGAGAUUAUGUGCAAGAUUCUCAAGGACAGUGAUCUGCUGGACCGGCGGAAACAUUGCUUCACUGUGCAAUCCGAGUCUGGGGAGGACCUCUAUUUCUCCGUGGAGUUAGAGUGUGAUCUUGCCCAGUGGGAAAGAGCUUUCCAAAUGGCCACCUUUCUAGAAGUGGAGCGGAUACAGUGCAAGACAUAUGCGUGUGUGCUGGAAAGCCACCUCAUGGGCCUCACGAUUGACUUCAGCACAGGAUUUAUCUGCUUUGAUGCUGCGACAAAGGCUGUACUUUGGAGGUAUAAGUUUUCUCAGCUUAAAGGCUCUUCAGAUGAUGGCAAGAGCAAAAUCAAAUUUCUGUUUCAGAAUCCAGAUACUAAACAGAUUGAAGCAAAGGAGUUGGAAUUUUCAAAUCUAUUUGCUGUUCUUCACUGCAUUCACUCAUUUUUUGCUGCCAAAGUAGCUUGUUUGGACCCUCUAUUUUUAGGCAAUCAGGCUACUACUUCUGCUGCCUCCAGCUCUGCUACUACAAGCAAAGCAAAGUAUACAACUUGACAUACUGAGCUCUGUCUUGACACUUACCAUGACUAAAUAAACCAAUAACCAUAUUCAUCAAGUAAGAAAUCUUGAUGUCAUCACAUCAACAAUGGAGACAGAUUGAAAUUUCAGCAGAAUAAGGAAGGUCAU